AUGGCAUUCGCGUCGGGGUGGAAGAAGGUCCUUGUCGCCAGCGGGUUGCUGGCAGCAUGGGCCAAUGCUGCUCCAUCUGUAAACGUUGCACUGCGAACAUCGUUUGGGGCACCGCCAUACCUGAUUGAAUUACUAGAAACGGCGGCAGACACCAACGCAAGCUCCUACUUUCCUCUCCUCGAUCGCAUCGCAGACGGCUUCUUCGAUUCCUCCACAACCGAUCAGGACCUUUACACUUCCUUCCGGUCUCUGCUACAGGAUGAUGGGCACUUGUCUAAAGAGGAUUUAUCGUUGUUCGACUAUGCUCUGUCAAUACACUCCGCAGCGCCCCGAAUCGAAGCGCAUUACCAAUACUACAACACGUCGAUUGUCCCGGCCAUCCCGCAGGAUGCUGCUGAAGAGUGCGACAAUUGGGUACACGUCCCAUUCAGUGGAGAGAGAUACUGCUCUGCGGAGAUGGAAGAGGCAAGCGCACAUUCCUUCGGUCCAUYAAGCCCCAAGGUACACUCUCUCCCCUUUGACAGGAUUCUGGGGGACAGCUUGAGCGAGCGUCCUUCAGUUCUGUACGCGGAGAUAGGCUCAGCGUCUUUCCGCAAAUUCCACAAGACAUUGAGUAAAACUGCAAGGGACGGAAAGAGUUCAUAUCGAGUGCGAUACAAGGCAGCGACGGGUGCUGAGAGCAAGCCAUUUGCUGUCAGCGGGUAUGGCGUUGAAUUGGCGCUUAAGAGAACAGACUACAUUGUCAUAGACGACCGGCAAGAUGAAGAGGCGCAAAAGGACGCGACGGUCGGUACGGGUGAGGCUAGCCUGAGCGAAGAAGAGGUCUCAGACCUGCGUCCUCUGUCCUCUUCGGAGUUGAGGCGGUUGGGUCUCAAAGCCGCGAGCUUUGUUAUGGGCAGUGACUCGCCAUUCGAAACACUCCUCCGUCUAUCGCAGGACUUUCCCAAGCAUUCAAGCUCGAUCGCGGCUGCGAAUGUCUCCGACGAAUUCGUCGCAGAACAUGCCAAGAAUCGAGCAGAGAUUCUGCCUUCUGGCUACAACAUUAUGUGGAUCAAUGGAGUUCAGAUCAUGGCUCGAGAUGUCGAAGCGUAUGCACUUUUGGAGCACCUCAGACGGGAGCGAAAGCUGAUCAACUCUGUCCAAGAGAUUGGUCUCAAUGGCGAAGAAGCGGUUGAGCUGCUAUCUCACGAGGCGAUCACUGRGUCGCAGGUCAGCCAAGAGACGCAGCGUUAUGACUGGCGGGAUGACACCGAAGGUGGAAAUGUCAUCAUUUGGAUGAACAACAUUGAAAAGGACAAGAGAUACGCCGCAUUCCCAGGCUCUGCGCAGGCAUUGUUACAGCGUACUUACCCUGGACAGCUUCCUUCUGUGCGGAAGGAGGUGCACAAUCUUGUAAUGUCGAUCGACUUUGGCGACUACAACGAUGCCGCUCUUGUCGUUGAUAGCAUUCGAGGAUUUGUUGAGAGGAAGCUGCCGAUCAGGUUUGGGCUCGUUCCACGCAUCAAUUCUCCGGUUAGCGAGGAGCACGCCAAAGCGAUAUUGUACCUGCUGGAUAGAUACGGGCUUGCUACUGCGCUUGCGUAUCYCGAGCGGGUCGUGGAAGCCUCCAGCCGUAAGCUCGGUACACCAGAUCAGAAACACUUUUCGGCUGCUAUUGAAGGUCGCGAACUUCGCCGGAACAAGGAUGCACUACCCCUGACUGGACUACUUCAAGAUGAGCAGCUUGAUGCUCGCAUCAAGAGAGCCCAGGCGUACACUUCCAGGCUUGGAGACACUGGUGUUACUCCGCUGGUCUUUGCUAAUGGUGUACCGAUUUCGCGCACAGAGGAGUGGCUGUCGACGAUGAGCCAACGAGUCGGUACAGAUCUGCGAAUUGUGCAGCAGGCUGUUUAUGAUGGAAGCGUUACAGACGCAGACUAUCUACCAGAUCUAUUCCUCGAGYACGCUAGCUUGAGGAGAAAUCCACUGGUAGUUCCAGAAGACGAUAAAGCUGUUCGCCAUCUCAACCUUGGCGAUUAUCCCGAGCUUGAGAACCUGCCCAAUUUGCCUGCAAGCACAGACACUAUUGAGCGAGAACUCGUCCACAUCACAGUGGCAGCUGACUUGGACAGCGCUAAAGGUUUCGAGCAGCUCAUGGAAGCGCUGCUAUUCCGCCAAGAGCAUGACAACGUUGAGGUUGCUGCUCUGCACAUUCCUGGCAACUCGAGCAUGACGCAGAGAUUGGGGUCAAUCUUUGCAACUGCAGACGGCGAGAAGGCGCUCACCGCUCUUGCGGCAGGAUACGAUAAGCUUCGGGGUGAGGGUAGUGAUGGAUCCCAAGAUGACGCAGCCUCCAAGAGGAACAUUUACGAGAAGAUCCGCUCGACGUCGGCAAGUCCAUCAACUUCAGAGCUUGACGAAGCUGUUAUACAGGCGUGGGCGCCGUUUCAAGACAUUGUUACAAGCCUAGGCAUCCAACCGGGCCAAAAGGCCAUGAUCAUCAAUGGCAGGGUGAUCGGCCCAAUUCCCGAGUGGACCACGCUUGAGGCCGUAGAUCUCGAGACCCUGUAUAACCAUGAAAGGAAGAAGCGCCUACUGCCCGCUGCUUUGGCAAUCGAGGACCUCAAGCUUCAGGAGAAAGCGUCUACACCACUGGCAUUUGCGCGUAUAUCGAACUUGAUUGCGCUCUCGUUGAUAUCGGACGUACCGGAAGGCAUUUUUGAAGCAGCUCCUACCGUGCGAACGGAUGUAUUCAAGAAAUGGAGCUCGACCCAUACCGCGAUUCAGAUGGGAGAUCCCAAGACGGCGUCGAUUCAAAUUUACACUGCGAUAGACCCUGCUUCUGAGACGGCACAGAGAUGGAUACCUAUACUCAAGGUCUUGUCUGAGCUGGACGGUGUAUACGUCAGUCUAUUCCUCAACCCUCGGGAUCGACUCGAGGAGAUUCCCAUUAAGCGCUUCUACAGACAUGUGAUUAGCUCGAAGCCUGUGUUUGAAAGUGAUGGCUCGUUAAGCCAUAAUGGCGCUCAUUUCAGUGGGUUGCCCGCGGACGCUUUGCUCAACAUGGGUAUGGACCUUCCACCAUCAUGGUUGGUGGCACCAAAGGAAACUGUGCAUGACCUGGACAAUAUCAAGCUGAGUGCGGUUCGGAGCGGCUCCGAUAUUGAUGCGACCUACGAGCUCAAGCAUAUUCUCAUCGAAGGUCAUUCAAAAGAUGCUUCAACUGGACCUCCUCCUCGCGGUGUUCAGUUGGUGUUGGGUACAGACCUCGAUCCACACUUUGCAGACACAAUUAUCAUGGCCAACCUUGGUUAUUUCCAGUUCAAGGCGAACCCGGGCGUGUACAAUCUUGGUCUUCAAAAAGGACGAAGUGAGGAGAUCUUCAACAUCGAUAGCGCAGGAUUGCUAGGCGCCACUGCGCAGCCUGGCGAGCAUUCCACCGAGAUUGCAUUAAUGGGAUUCAGAGGCACCACCCUGUUUCCACAACUAUCCCGCAAGCCUGGAAUGGAAGCGGAGGAUGUUUUGGAAGCUUCGAAAUCUACAUUGGAGUCUCUCGCAGAGGGUGCCGACAAGUUGCUUGCACAAGCUGGAUUGAGGUCACAACAUGCAAGCAAAUACCUUUCCAAAGCUGCACAGCUUGGAUCCGGUUUGUUCUCAGGAGUGGGCAAGUCUGAGGUUACCGCAGCCCGCCAUGCCGACAUCAACAUCUUCUCCGUCGCAUCCGGUCACUUGUACGAGCGUAUGCUGAACAUCAUGAUGGUGUCCGUCAUGAAGCACACCGAGCACACCGUAAAGUUCUGGUUCAUCGAGCAAUUCCUAUCUCCUUCGUUCAAAGACUUCCUGCCUGUCAUGGCAGAAGAGUACGGUUUCCAGUAUGAAAUGGUGACCUACAAAUGGCCACACUGGCUGCGCGGACAGAAAGAAAAGCAACGUGAGAUCUGGGGUUACAAAAUCCUGUUCCUGGACGUACUAUUCCCUCUGGACUUGGACAAGGUCAUCUUCGUGGACGCCGACCAAAUCGUGCGGACUGACAUGUACGAGCUUGUACAGCACGAUCUUCAAGGCGCACCCUACGGUUUCACACCCAUGUGCGACUCACGCACCGAGAUGGAAGGUUUCCGAUUCUGGAAACAGGGAUACUGGAAGAACUUCCUCAAGGGAUUGCCGUAUCAUAUCUCCGCUUUGUAUGUUGUUGAUCUGAAGCUCUUCAGACAAAUGGCUGCGGGAGAUAGGUUGAGACAGAAUUAUCAUCAACUCUCCGCUGAUCCAAACAGCUUSAGCAAUCUGGAUCAGGAUCUCCCGAAUCACAUGCAGUCCAUGCUCCCGAUCCAUAGCUUACCGCAGGAGUGGUUGUGGUGCGAGACGUGGUGCUCUGACGAAAGUCUGAAGGAGGCCAAGACGAUUGACCUGUGUAACAACCCUCAGACCAAGGAGCCCAAACUCGAUCGUGCGAGGAGACAGGUUCCGGAGUGGACGGCUUAUGACGAUGAGAUAGCUAAGGUGGCGAAGCGAUACAAGGACAGGCAGAGUGGUGCCAAUGAGGAGGUCGUCGAACCUGGGGUUCCUGGCACGCAGGCUGGCGAGGAGAGCAUUCAGGAGAGACUCCAGAGAGAGGAUGCGGAGAGGGAACGUAAGCAACAUAUAAAGGAUGAGCUAUAG